CCCCAUCCCUUAUUCCUCUUCUUUCUACGUCUUCUUUUUUAAACUAGUGCAUUUUCUCUUGAUCUAAUCUCACAACAUGGACAAAUUGGUCUCCGUCUACUCCCGUCCGCCUCACAAGGAUGAUUUCUACUCCGAGCAAGAGCAGCGAGACCUCACCGAGAACCUUCCCCCUCUCUCCCUCAAAUUCGACCUUCCUCCGAUUGACGACUCCCGAGGCUUCCUCCGUGCCAUGACCGAUGACCACUCCAACCCCAACUGCCCGAUUAAGCUCGCCCACGGCACAACAACGCUAGCUUUCCGAUUCCAGGGUGGAAUUAUCGUCGCUACAGAUUCCCGAGCCACCGCCGGUAACUGGAUCGCCAGUCAGACGGUCAAGAAGGUCAUCCCCGUGUCGCGGUUGAGCCGCGGUGAGGAUAAGGUGUCGCCCGAUGUUGCUGUUCCGGGUCUGCUGGGUACGAUGGCUGGUGGUGCUGCCGAUUGCCAAUAUUGGCUGCGGUAUUUGAGCCAGCAGUGCACGCUUCAUGAAAUCCGACACAAGCGCCGAAUCACCGUCGCCGCUGCCUCCAAGAUCCUCGCCAACCUGACCUACGCCUACAAGGGAUACGGGCUGAGCAUGGGAACCAUGUUAGCAGGAAUGACCCCCCAAGAAGGCCCCGCCCUGUACUACAUCGACUCAGACGGCACUCGCCUCCCAGGCAACCUGUUCUGCGUCGGGUCCGGUCAGACCUUCGCAUACGGCGUGCUGGACGCCAACUACAAGUACGACCUGACGGAGCAGGAGGCGCUGGAUCUGGGCCGCCGCAGUAUCCUGGCUGCCAUGCACCGGGACGCCUACUCCGGUGGUUUCAUCAACCUCUACCACGUCAAGGAGGAAGGAUGGGUGCAUCACGGCUUCGACGACAUGAACCCGAUCUUCUGGAAGACGAAGUUCGAGAAGGGCGAGUUCUCGAAUGUGCCGAUGGCGCUGUAGUUUUCUUUUCCCUUUAGUCGUUAGUUUGGUGGUUUUUGCUGGGGAAUAACGAGGACUAGAUACUUUAUUUAUUAUCUUAUGAUGUGUUUUCC